UUUUCUUCAAAUCACUAAGGCUACGGUUAUAGUGCAUGCGUGUUCUGACGAACUGGCGUUCGGACGAACUCGUCAGAACACGCGCGAACAAACAAAUAAACAGCAGCAAACUAUAGUGGUUACGUUAGGAGCGAAUUGUUCGGCCGAACCCGCACGAAUUCGUCAGAAGAAUAGAUCUUUCAAAUAAUUUUGUUUUUUCGGACGAAUGUAAAUGCGAAUUUGAAUUGUAAAAGUAUGGACGUGGAUAAAUUAAUUAGUUUAGUUCUUGAAAACAAAAGUUUAUGGGACAUGAAGGACAAAAGUUACCAUAAUAGAGAUCAAUCUCGACAAAAAUGGGAAAAGAUUGCACAGGAAAUGAAUACAAGUCAAACUGUCAAAAAUAAGUGGCGUGGUCUAAGAGACACCUAUCGCAAAGAAUUUAAAAAAUGCACAGAAACUCGAUCGGGCCAAGAAGGGGGCAGAGGAAAAGAAUCGACAUGGCCGUAUUAUACAGCUAUGCUGUUUCUGAAAGAUCAAUUCGCCCCUAGAAUUAUGCAAAGUAGUAUUCCAGAACCCGAGGCUGACGGAGAGCUUGAAAACGAUGUUGGAGAAUUCGAUGAUAGCAGUGAAGAUGACUUGGAUGAUGAGUCACAGUUGAGCGCAAUUGCAUCAAGUAAUUCCAAAACAGAGAAAAACUUUCGGUCACAAUCACAGCGUGUAGCCCCCGACAAUCCCGACAUAACUCCUCAGACUAAACGUGCCAAAAUUGCAAAGUCAAGUGCUUUUUCCAAGCUUCUGGAAAUUGAACAGAAAAAGUUGGAGGAAUUUAAAAAGAAAAACGCUCCGGUUACCAAGAAAGUAGACCAAGAAGAUGCUGAUUAUCAUUUUUUGAUGAGCUUGUUGCCAUACCUUAAAAAUGUGCCAGAAGAGAGGAAAAUGAUCGUGAGAAAUAAGCUGCAGCAAGUAUUUUGCGAUGAGCAAUAUUUUCAACAACAAAAAAGCUGUGGAAACACCUAUCCAUCUUCACACUAUUCAUAUUACAAUAAAUCUUCAGAGCCAAUGCAUAACACUAGGCCGACUUCUUCAUGUUCCCUCCUGACUACCCCUUCUGGACCUAGCAGUGUAGAAACCGCAGAGCAUGACAAUAUUAAUACCUACACAGACUUAGCAACAUUUUUUUCCUCACAUAACCCUGGACCGUAAUAGGAUUUCGUAUAAACUUUUUCAAAAUGUAUUAACAGUAUUAUUUUGUAUUUAAAAAAUAUGGUUUGUAGAUAAGAAAUAAGAA